CCUAAUACGGCCUAUCUCUCUCCCUGGUUAUCUCUCUCCCUCUCGCGCUCCUUCUUUCCUAGCGCUUGAUUUUUGAUAAUCGCGGUUGAUAUUUGAUAAUCUUACAUUGUUAGGUUGAUUGAAUUUUCAGGAUAGUUUUUGCGAGGUAGCAAAGGUCUUCAUUUCGGAAUGGCUCCUGCUAAAGCUGAUACGUCGAAGAAGCCUGAUGCUAAGGCCCAGGCCUUGAAGGCUGCUAAGGCGGUAAAGUCGUCGGGCACCUUCAAGAAGAAGGCCAAGAAGAUCCGCACCAAAGUCACAUUCUACCGACCCAAGACACUGACAAAGGACAGAAAUCCCAAGUACCCCAGGAUUUCUGCGGCCCCUCGCAACAAGCUGGAUGAGUAUCAGAUUUUGAAGUACCCGCUCACUACCGAAUCGGCGAUGAAGAAGAUUGAAGACAACAACACAUUGGUGUUUAUUGUUGAUCUUCGUGCUGACAAGAAGAAGAUCAAGGCUGCUGUCAAGAAGAUGUAUGAUAUCCAAACCAAGAAGGUUAACACCCUCAUCAGGCCGGACGGUACCAAGAAGGCGUACGUGAGGUUGACCCCAGACUAUGACGCGUUGGAUGUUGCUAACAAAAUUGGCAUCAUCUAAUUUGGCAGUGUGUAAUUUUUUUUGUUAGUAAGACUUGACAAAUCCAGUUUUUUUGUUGUUGCUCGACUCUUAUUUUUCUCUUUGUGGAAAUUAGUCACCAACUCAUCCAAUCAAGUUCCAAUCCUUUUUUGGUACAA